AUAUUUCACAGCAGUCAGGAGCUUGCAGGGAAACCGCUGCACAGAACAAAUCUUGCUGUCUGAGUUCAUCCACAGAACACUCGGUGUAUCAGACAAAAUGUCACACAACAUAAGGUGCAUGCUGGUCCUCUUACUUUCCCUGACAUUGGUCGCUUCUGCCCAAAACAGAAUAUCUUGUGUGGCUCAGAAAAGCACGAGUUUUGGGUUACGUUUGUUUCAAGAGGUUCUUGAAGACCAACAGGGAAAGAACCUGGGCUUCUCGCCUUAUGGGGUAACAUCCGCCUUGAGUGUCCUUCAGUCUGGAGCAGCCGGAAAAACAUUGGAUCAGAUCCAAAAAGCUCUCAAUUUUGGACAGAAAGAAUGGGCAGUGGCCUUGUCACUUCAUAAGCUGCGGGAGCAGAUUUCCGGACAACAAAAAUCUACUGAAGACCCCAAGCCAGUACACAUUGCAGAUGGUCUCUUUGUACAGCGGCACCUAUCACUGACUCCAGGGUUCCUCGAAAGAUUUCAAGCAACUUUUCACCGACAAGUUAGCCAGGUCAACUUUACUGAUGCAGCCCAAGCCAAGGAUAUCAUAAAUCAAUGGGUAGAAAACAAGACAGAUGGAAUGAUCAAAGAUUUAGUGGGAAGCAACAACAUACCUCCACUGACCCGCCUCGUGCUAUUAAGUGCUGUACACUUCAGUGGAAAAUGGACUGUCCCAUUCCCAGAAAAGGCAACUCGCCAGCGCCCAUUCUACAGAUCUGAUGGGUCUCAUGUGCAAGUUCAAAUGAUGGCCAACACUGGGAAAUACAACUACAGUGAGUUCACGACCCUAGAUGGGGAUUUUUAUGAUGUGAUAGAGCUGCCAUAUGAAGGAGAGGAGCUCAGCAUGCUUAUUGCUGCUCCUUAUGAAAAAAAUGUUCCCUUAUCCGCCAUCACCAACAUCCUGACACCUGAGCUCAUUGCCCAGUGGAAAGCCCAAAUGAAGAAAGUAACACGUCUUAUAGUCCUACCCAAGUUCUCUCUGCUUAGUGAAGUAGAUCUAAAGAAGCCUCUAGAACGUCUGGGGAUGACUGACAUGUUCACUGAAGAGACAGCAGACUUUAGCCGCUUAUCCUCUGAAAAACCACUAUAUGUAUCUGAAGCUUUCCAAAAAAUCAAAGUUGAAGUGACAGAAAGGGGUACAAGAGCAUCUGCAGCAACAGCUGCUAUCCUGCUAGCCCGAAUGGCUCCUCUGGAGGUCAUCCUGGACCAUCCUUUCUUGUUCAUGGUCAGACACAACCCAACAGGCACACUGCUUUUUGUUGGACAAGUCAUGGAGCCCUGAGGAGACUGUUCUGUGGAUCCUGACCCGCCUGUACCUGUGAGACAGAUUCUGUUUUAACAAGACUCACCUGAACCCUAAAGCCUGCUUGUUGGAGGGUUGGGCAAAAAAACUGGCCAUUUGGGGGGAAGGGGGGAAUAACGGGUAGUAUGAAAGCUCCAAAGAGUGUGAGUGUAUGAGUGAGUGAGGAUUAAAAGGUAUAGCGUAAGCGUGUCAUUGCCUUAUAAGUAAGAUUUUAUAGUUUUGAUACUACUGAAUUUUAUAAAGAAUUGUAAUUGAGUUUUUUUUUAUAUUUAUUAAAUAUAUUUAUUUAUA